GGACGCCAUCCCUGCUCAGCCCGCCCAGAGCCCGCUCGACCCGCUUUUCCUUCCCUCCCCCCCCUGCUCCUCUGAGGACCAGGCACCCAAAUCAUUCAAGAAACGGAGUCCCCGUGCUCUGCUCCCUUUUUGUUACGCUUCCCAUACAUCCAUUGCCUAGACCCCCCAAACCCCUCGCUGUACUCGACUUCUGGUUCUUGCUCCCUUUUCAUCUAUUUUCUCCAUCAUCAUCCAUCAACUCUCGACUCGUGUCGACUCUUUCUCCUACGAUCAAUUUAACAUACACCUGAGGCAUCGCGGUCCAUCGUCACGAGCCUCAUUAUUCGAACCACGUACCGCUACCCAAUACAAUUCUCAAAAGAGCAUUUCUACCUCGUCGCCUACGGGGUCCAUCAAACAAAACUAGAGAUUCGCCGUAGAUCUGGUGCGGACCUGAAUCCACCAUCCUACAUAUCUCGAUACCUGAGGGAUCGAACCCUUAUACUCGACGACAAUGACGACCUCGAAUCAGAACGUCGAUAGCCUCGACUCCCUCCUCGACUUCAGCGAGUACGACAACAUGUCCUACCAGUCCCCAUCGCUGUCCCCCGCCGCUACCUCAAAGAACACCUUCACUCGCCCCUCGGUCAGCACCGUCGCGACCCCGACCAUGCCCUCGGCAUCACAGCCCCUUACUGGCCCGAGCCACCAGUACGAUCUCUACAAGCAGCAGACGGGCAUCGUGCCUGGUGCCCUCGCCAGCACUCUCGCCGUGAAUGAGGUGAACCCCCACAUCAGCGGCUACAACAGCAGUUAUGGCAUGGAAUAUCUCGGCGCCGGCUUGAGCCCCGAGAACGACUUGUUCGACUUCAACACUUCCCCUUCCCAGAACUCUACCGGUCUCGACAUGGACAUGGAAUUCGAGUCUCCUCCCGACUCCCAGUACUUCUUCCCCAACCCCACGGUCAACCCUUCGGCCAUCGCUGGCCAGGAGUCGCCUGUGGUGCCUUCCCAGCAGAGCAACGUCGGCAGACUCUGGCCCGGCAUGCACUCCCAGGCUGCCCUCGCCAAAGCCCAGGCCCAGCAGAGGCAACAACAGCAGAUCAUCCAGCAGCAGCAGCAGCGCCACCAGCAGAUGAGCAACAAGCCGCGUACCAAGAGCCAGCAGCCCACCGACCCCAUCGUCGAACAAAAGAUCACCCAGCUUCUUAACUCUAUGCGUGCUAAGCCCGCUCAGGAGGGUGACAGCCCCACUCCCCUCAUGAACCUGCCCCGGUCCAAGAAGGAUGAGGAGGACAUGGACGAGGACGAGAGACUUCUCGCUAGCGAGGAGGGCAAGAAGCUCAGCAGCAAGGAGCGUCGCCAGCUUCGCAACAAGGUUUCCGCACGUGCAUUCCGUUCACGCAGAAAGGAAUACAUCACCCAGCUUGAGGCCGAGAUUGCCAACAAGGUUUCUGAGAACGGCGACCUCCGUGUUCACAACCGCGCUCUCCAGGACGAGAACAAGCGCCUGCAGGAUCUCACCCGCAUGCUUCUCGCUUCGCCAUCCUUUUCUAACUUUCUCGACCAUCUGAGCACCAACCCCCAGGCUGCUCCCCAGCCCGCCGCUGCUGUCAAGGUUGAGAGGCAGCCCGAGCAGCGUCAGAUCCCCAAGGAUAUCAACCCUUACGCCAACCAGGGCCAGCAGCAACAGCAGCAGAUUGGUAUGGCGAUGGUUCCGGAGCAGAACAUGGACUUCGCCAUGCUCAACAUCGAUAACGAUGCCUACAACUUCCAACCUCAGGUCUUCGCUGUUCUCGAGACUCCUGACGUCCCCGUCACCAUCGACUCUAACGUCCUCUCUGGCAAGUCUUCCAACUUUGUUGGUGAGACGUUCGAAUCGGAUGACGAGAAGAUCGACAUCCCCGCCAUUGAGGCGCCCAAGACUCUUGCUCCGGAGCUCCCGUCUCAAGCCCCCGCAGAGACGGAGGUCUUUGACGACGAGUUCGAGAACGACCCUGAGUUUGCCCUGUACCAUUCUUCCCCUGCACUUUCCGCCGAAGGCCCCGUCGAACUGGACACGGAAGGCUUCUCCCACAUUGACAUCUUCGGCGGCGUCGAGACGGAGAAGGUCCUUGCCCGCUACGAUCUUGUUGAUGCCUCGGAAGAGGAGCAAAACGCCUGUGUCGCCAUGGCCAGGGUACAACGCCUCGCAGCCAGCCUGGAACCCGUCCUCGCAAGAUUAGAGUCGCUCGUUCUCUAGUCUCACGCUCUUUACUCGACUUUCUUUUUAGCACCAUUAUUACGGGCAUUGAGUUCGCUCCAUCAUUUCCUGUGCAUACUAGCUUGAUAUCUGGGACAUGGCGUUGGGAUCGAACAUGGGAAUCAACUACACCCAAACGGGGACAGGCAUUUAUUCUCUUAUUUUAUUCUCUGUUGAGCUGGACGAAAAGAAUUCUAAAGGGACCAGCAGGUUCAGUAUGAUUGAUGAUUGUGGCACUGGCGGCGAGCAAGAAGGAGGGGUAGGGAUUCACGGUUGGCCUUAGGCAGCGUGUAUCAGAUAGAUUGGGCGCUCUCGCAACUCGAUCUGAAGCGAAUACAAACAAAGAAUUCAAAAACAUGCUUGCUUCA